AUGUGCUACAUCAUGACUCUCGGAAUGGUGGGGGGCAGUUACAUGGCACCUGCGGACACGAACUCGUGGCCGCAUCAGCAUCGUCGUCUCCGCUCUACAUGCAACGACACAAUCGAUGUUAAGCCAAUGCAGAUGCACCAUGUCCCGCCCAGCGUGGAAGGCCAGCCCAGAAAAUGCCGGACCCCACACCCCGCUGCGUAA